AUGUCAGAUGGAAUUUUCAAUGUAGAUGGAGAUUUAUGGACAUUUCAAAGGAAAAUGGCUAGUCUUGAACUUGGUAGUAUGUCCAUUAGGUCUUAUGCAUUUAACAAUGUGAAAAAUGAGAUCAAAUUCAGGCUUUUACCACUUUUAUCCUCUAUAGCUCAAGAAGAUUUUAGAGGGACAACUUUGGAUUUACAAGAUGUUUUUAGAAGAUUUGCUUUUGAUAAUAUAUGUAAAUUUUCUUUUGGUUUAGACCCUGGUUGUCUUGAACUAUCCCUUCCCCUUUCACAUUUUGCUCUAUCUUUUGACUUGGCAACAAAAUUGUCAGCAGAGAGGGCAUUGGCAGCAUCACCAUUGAUUUGGAAGAUUAAAAGGCUUUUGGAUAUUGGAACAGAGAGAAAAUUAAAGAAGGCCAUUAAUAAUAUUGAUGUUCUUGCAAAGGAAGUCAUAAGGCAAAAAAGAAAAUUGGGCUAUUCUAUUCAUCAAGAUCUUUUAUCAAGAUUCAUGGGCAUUAUUGACAAUGAAAAAUAUUUAAGAGACAUUGUGAUAAGUUUUAUUUUGGCGGGGCGUGACACAGUGGCCUCUGUAUUAACAAGCAUAUUCUGGCUGUUAACGAGUCACCCUGACGUUGAAUUAAGAAUCCGGGAGGAAUUGAGUCGAGUUAUGGAACAAGAUCAAGAUUUCUUGACGUUUGAACAAAUAAAUCAAAUGCAUUAUUUGAAUGCAGUGAUUCAUGAGAGCAUGAGGCUAUAUCCACCAGUGCAAUUUGACUCAAAAUUUGCUAGUGAAGUUGAUACAUUACCAGAUGGCACAUUUGUGGCUAAAAAUGCAAGGGUAACAUACCAUGUGUAUGCAAUGGGAAGGAUGGAAAAUAUAUGGGGCCAAGAUUAUAUGGAUUUCAAGCCAGAACGUUGGCUUAAAAAUGGUACAUUUUUUCAAGAAAGUCCUUUUAAAUACCCUGUAUUUCAAGGUGGAGUUAGGGUUUGUUUAGGCAAGGAAAUGGCACUAAUGGAAAUGAAGUGUGUAGUGGCUUCUAUGGUACAACACUUUGACGUUCGGGCCGUGGCGGCCAGCGGUGAUAUCCAGUUCGAUCCGGGGCUGACGGCCACCGUGAGAGGCGGGCUUCCGGUGGUGGUUAGGUGGAGGAGGGGCCUCUUGAAUUUUCUAGCUAGUAACAUGGCCACGAAUAUGGUUCAAAAUGGAGAUAUUGGCUUUAAGUCUUAAUAUUUUUCACGUGGGUAUAUUGCAUUUGGCCUAU